GCGGGGCACCGACUGGUUGCUGGUGACGUAGGCAGGGCUGAGGAGUGCGGCGCUGGCGGUAGUGAUGGGCGAUUCGGGUGGUGUCGGUCCGGUCCUGGCGCUCACGCUGCUGUUCUCGUACCUGUGGACCCUCUCGCAGGGCACGGAGCUGAGGUUCGUGACGUGCGGGUCCAUCGUGAAGCUGCUGAACGUCAAGCACAACGUCAGGCUGCACUCGCACGAUGUCCGAUACGGGUCUGGGAGCGGCCAGCAGUCGGUGACGGGCGUCACGGCCGUGGAGGACAGCAACAGCUACUGGAGCGUGCGUGGCACGGGCAGCGCGGCGUGCCAGCGCGGCACCCCCGUGCGCUGCGGCCAGACCAUCCGGCUGACCCACGUCAACACCGGCCGCAACCUGCACAGCCACCACUUCUCCUCGCCGCUGUCCGCCAACCAGGAGGUGAGCGCGUUCGGGGAGGACGGAGAGGGGGACACCCUGGACGAGUGGACGGUGCUGUGCGGGGGGGAGCUGUGGGAGCGCGAGGAGCCCGUGCGCCUCCGCCACGUCGCCACUGAGGGGCUCCUGUCCGUCACGGGCGAGCAGUACGGCCGGCCCAUCCACGGGCAGCGCGAGGUCCACGCCAUGCGCCACGCCAGCCAGCACAACUACUGGAGGGCCAUGGAGGGCGUCUUCGUGAAGCCCAGCGAGGUCCCGGGCAGGGACGCCAGGAGAACGCUGCACACCGAGUUUUAACUCCUCCGCGGGGCUCCGGCUCCACCGCGGCCUGAGCCGUCUCGGGUUUUCGCCAGCUCCAGGCUGGAAUGGCUAGGAACUGUUAUCUGGAGUACGUGUGGACACACAUUGGUUCAAAUCAUUAUAAAGGUAUUACUUCUGCACAAGUAACACAGGUUCCUGCAAUGCAGUGCGAGUUGUCGAUUUCCAUCCCGGGCUCAGUCUCAUUGCCGGGACUUUACGAGAGGACUGGCUUUUGUAUUUCACAUCUCCUAGGGGUUUGGGCUGUAAAGGCGCUGGAACCCAGACCCUGAUCUUUGGAUUGUCCGAAAAUAGUUUUAAAAGCAGGGAGCGCCACUGGAGCACCACUGCGGGAUGCGCCCUGGGGUGUGUCCGUCAGGUCUGUGGAGAGCUUGUAGUACCGGAAUCGGGUCGCACCACUGGUGGGAGGGGUUUUGGGGUGCGUCUGCCGGCGCUCACAGUUUGGAGCUAACCCAUUGACGACCCACACGCGGGGAGGAGAAUUGGAAAAAGGAAACUUCAGGGCGAGGCAGUAAGCAGACAAUCAGGCCCGGCUUGUGGAUUUCAGAUGUACCGGGGGCAAAGGCAUUUGUGGUUUUGUUCCUGGAAGAACCUGUUCUUGUUUUCUUGUUUUUUAUUUCUUGAUUAGAAGUAUCGACUUUGCAGUUCUCAGUAUUAGAAGAUGAUGUCACUUUUUUUGACCGUGAUACAAGGUUUUGGGUUGAUUUACGGAUCUAUACAUCAUAUUUCCGUGCUGGGAUGGCACAGCGGUUAGGAUUCGGGCCCCUGGGGUGCUAUCUGUGUGGGGUUUGUAUGUUUUCCCCAUGUUCUUGUUGGUUUCCUCCCACAGCCCAGAGUCGU